AUGGAGCUUCUCUAUGACAACCCCUAUGCUGCUGCAGAUGGGGGACUAGGUGGCGGUGCAGCAGCAGCAGCAGCAGCAGCAGCAGCAGGAGCAGCAGGAGGAAGAGAAGCAGCAGCAGAGUUUCUAGAUGGUCAGCAGCAGCAGCAGCAGCUGCAGCAAGAACUGCCGCAUUUGCUGCAGCUCUGCUGCAGCAGAGGAGGAUUCAGCCUGUCCCCUCUGCAGCGCCUGUCUCCUCCUAGCAGCAGCAACUGUCUCCUCCCCAUCACCAUGGAGCUUCUCUAUGACAACCCCUAUGCUGCUGCAGAUGGGGGACUAGGUGGCGGUGCAGCAGCAGCAGCAGCAGCAGCAGCAGCAGCAGGAGCAGCAGGAGGAGAAGCAGCAGCAGAGUUUGUAGAUGGUGCUGUGCAGUUGCUGUGCUGCUGCUGCUGCUGCGCUGCUGGAGUUCUCUAUCAAUACAGAGACAGAGACAAAUAUAUACAGGGAGAUAUCUUGCUGCUGAGGAGGAGGAGACAGAAUGCGAGACAGAAAACAACAACCCAGGAGACACACACACCGGGCGGGGCCGGGAUCGGGAUCGUGGUGGUGGUGGUGGGGAUCGGGAUCGUGUUGAUGGCGGUGGAGGUGGAGAUGAUGGAGACACUGGGGACGGGGAUCGAGAUGAUGGGGAUCGGGAUCGAUAUGCAGGUGAAGGGGAUCGAGGUGGAGAUGAAGGGGAUCGAGAUAAAGGGGACGGGGAUCGAGAUAAAGGGGACGGGGAUCGAGAGGAAGGGGACGGGGAUCGAGACUGGAGACACUGGGGACGGGGAUCGAGAUGAUGGGGAUCGGGAUCGAUAUGCAGGUGAAGGGGAUCGAGAUGGAGACGCCGGGGACGGGGAUCGAUAUGGAGAUGAUGGGGAUCGAGAAGGAGACGCCGGGGCCGGGGAUCGAGAUGGAGAUGAAGGGGACGGGGAUCGAGAGGAAGGGGACGGGGAUCGAGAUGGAGAUGCUGGGGAUCGAGAUGCAGGUGAAGGGGAUCGAGAAGGAGACGCCGAUGGAGACGGGGAUCGAGAUGGAGAUGCUGGGGAUCGAGAUGGAGAUGCUGGGGAUCGAGGUGGAGAUGCCGGGGAUCGAGAUGGAGAUGAAGGGGAUCGAGAAGGAGACGCUGGGGCCGGGGAUCGAUAUGGAGAUGCCGGGGAUCGAGAUGGAGACGGUGGGGCCGGGGAUCGAGAUGGAGAAGAAGGGGAUCGAGGUGGAGAUGAAGGGGAUCGAGAUGGAGAUGCCGGGGAUCGAGAUGGAGACGAUGGGGAUCGGGAUGGAGAUGUAGAUGGGGGGGAUGAAGGUAGCGGUGGAGAAGAAGGGGAUCGAGACGCCGAUGGAGACGGGGAUCGAUAUGGAGACGCAGGAGACGGGGAUCGAGGUGAAGGGGAUCGGGAUCGAGAUGGAGAUGCUGGGGAUCGAGAUGGAGACGACAGGGAUCGAGAUGGAGAUGCUGCUGGAGGCGGGGAUCGAGAUGGAGAUGAAGGGGAUCGAGAUGGAGAUGAAGGGGAUCGAGAUGGAGAUGCUGGGGAUCGAAAUGGAGACGACAGGGAUCGAGAUACAGGUGAAGGGGAUGGAGAUGGAGAUGAAGGAGACGGGGAUCGAGAUGGAGAUGGAGACGCGGGAGACGGGGAUCGAGAUGGAGAAGGGGAGGAGGAUGGGGAUCGAGUUGGGGAUCGGGCUGGUGAUGGGGAUGGUGAUGGAGAUGGAGAAAGUAAAGAGACAGAGACAGUUGAUGGAGAAGGAAAAGAGACAGAGACAGAAGAUGGAGAAAGUAAAGAGACAGCAGAUGGAGAAGAUAAAGAGACAGAGACAGCAGAUGGAGAAAGUAAAGAAACGGAGACAGUUGAUGGAGAAAGUAAAGAGCCAGAAGAUGGAGAAGAUAAAGAAACGGAGACAGCAGAAGAAGGUGAAGAGGCGGAGACAGUAGAUGGAGAAAGUAAAGAGACAGAGACAGCAGAUGGAGAAAGUAAAGAAACAGAGACAGCAGAUGGUGAAGGUAAAGAGACAGAGACAGCAGAUGGAGAAAGUAAAGAAACGGAGACAGUUGAUGGAGAAGGUAAGGAGACAGAAGAUGGAGAAGAUAAAGAAACGGAGACAGCAGAAGAAGGUGAAGAGACGGAGACAGUCGAUGGAGAAAGUAAAGAGACAGAGACAGCAGAUGGAGAAAGUAAAGAGACGGAGACAGCAGAUGGAGAAAGUAAAGAGACAGAAGAUGAAGGUGAAAAGACAGAGACAGCAGAAGGAGAAGGUAAAGAGACAGAGACAGCAGAAGGAGAAGGUAAAGAAACGGAGACAGCAGAAGGAGAAAGUAAAGAAACGGAGACAGCAGAAGGAGAAGGUGAAGAGACGGAGACAGUAGAUGGAGAAGACAGUAGAUGGAGAAGGUAA